UCUCUUAGUAUUGAACGCUAAUUAAACGUUCACGAUAUCAAUAUAACAAUAUUCAAAUAUAUUCGAAUUACACUUGACUUUAUCCGGUGUGGUCGAACCAGGUGUAUCUUCUGACAAGCCAGUCAUACUGUAAAACCAAGUGCAGUUCGGUUCUGUUGUACAAUUAUCAAUUUCUAUCUUAUGGUUGUCAACGUAGGCGGAAGGGCGGGUACGGGCGGAGGCGGCGGCGGAGGCGGAGGCGCACCUCUUUACGGUCGUCUGGUAGCUGAAGAGCCGUUACCCCCUACAGUAUGCGGGGGUGCCGGUGCCGGUAGCGGUACCGGCGGGGUUCCCCAAGAAACCCCCGCGGAUAUUCACGCCAUGCAAGCCAGGAUACCCCAUAGAUUUCGUGAUCCAGCUACGGCACCCCUUAGAAAACUCAGUGUCGAUCUCAUCAAAACUUACAAGCACAUCAACGAGGUUUAUUAUGCUAAGAAGAAAAGAAGGGCGCAACAGAUGCAAGGAGAAGAUGGUUCCCAUAAAAAAGAAAGAAAAUUGUACAACGAUGGUUGGGAUGACGAUAAUCAUGAUUAUAUUAUCAAGAAUGGGGAAAAGUUCCUCGAUCGCUAUGAGAUCGAUUCUUUAAUAGGUAAAGGCAGUUUUGGCCAAGUAGUAAAAGCGUUUGAUCAUGAAGAACAAACGCAAGUGGCAAUAAAAAUUAUCAAGAAUAAGAAACCUUUUCUAAAUCAAGCGCAAAUUGAAGUGAGGCUAUUGGAAAUGAUGAACAGGGCGGAUACGGACAACAAAUAUUAUAUAGUUAAGCUAAAGAGGCAUUUUAUGUGGCGAAAUCACUUAUGUCUGGUAUUCGAGCUGUUAUCAUAUAAUCUGUAUGAUCUACUUAGAAAUACGAAUUUUCGAGGAGUGUCGUUGAACUUAACAAGGAAGUUUGCACAGCAAUUGUGUACUGCCCUUUUGUUCCUGUCUACACCGGAAUUGAACAUCAUUCACUGUGAUCUGAAACCCGAAAACAUACUUUUGUGCAAUCCCAAACGAAGUGCGAUAAAAAUAGUGGACUUUGGUAGUUCGUGUCAACUUGGACAGAGAAUAUACCAAUAUAUUCAGUCCAGGUUUUACCGAUCUCCCGAAGUCUUAUUAGGAAUACCUUACGACCUUGCGAUAGACAUGUGGAGUCUAGGAUGUAUUUUAGUUGAAAUGCAUACAGGAGAACCUCUGUUCAGUGGGGCCAAUGAGGUCGAUCAAAUGAAUAAAAUCGUAGAAGUACUAGGAAUGCCACCGAAACAUAUAUUGGACCAAGCACAUAAAGCGCGGAAAUACUUUGACAAAGUCCCCACGGAUGGCUCGUAUGUGCUGAAAAAGUCAAAGGAUGGUAAAAAGUACAAACCUCCUGGCACAAGACGCUUGCACGAUAUCUUAGGUGUCGAAAGCGGAGGCCCCGGUGGUAGAAGGAUAGGUGAACCUGGUCAUUCAAUUUCCGAUUACCUCAAAUUCAAAGACUUGAUAUUGCGGAUGCUGGACUUUGAUCCCAAAACAAGAGUGACACCGUAUUAUGCACUUCAGCACAAUUUCUUCAAGCGUACAGCCGACGAGGGGACCAACACGAAUAUUGCUGCUGCCAACAGUGCUAACACGAGCCCGGCAGUAGUAUCAAUGAGCCAAGAUCAUGGACUGGUAACCAUGUCAGGACAGGGAAGCAACAAGAGUGGCAAUCCGAUGCAAGUAUCAAGUCUCCCUGGUGGCUAUCAGCCAAUGGAAUGCGAGUCUUCGCCUCGUCAUUUGAGCAAUCGACGCGUCGUAACAACAAGCUAUCCGUCAACUUCGGCCACUGGGGUGUCUGCAUCCGGGCCAAUGUCCAUGCAAUCUGUAGACAGCUCCCUGAUACAAAGCUCUCUUGGAUCGUAUAAUAGCCUAAUUCUCCCUGGUAUACCCCAUCUGCCUGCGAUGAUGACCUCACCUAUGAUUCAGCAGCAGAACUUUUACAAUUACGGUUAUUCGACGACUGAUACGCACGGAAUAGUCAGACAACCGUCGACAGUCUCAACCGGUAAACAGAGAGACCCGGAAAGGGAAGACAGUCCUAUGGUUGGAGUAUGUGUCCAGCAAAGUCCAGUUGCUAUUCACUGAAUGAAAAAAAGAACAAAAGAAACUACGACGAUAGACGAUUAUAUGUACUGUCGCCGCAAUCACGGUACCGUCAAAAUAUAUUAGGUGAUUAUAUAUACUGUAUAUACAAAGUUCACGACGGUACUGUAACACCUAUCGUACUGUUUAUGAAAAGAAGAAAAGAAAGGAGGGAAAUGAGA